GGAUAAUAAAAUGAAAGACCAAUGAAAGAGUGACACGUACGACACACCACCGCAAGAACCACAAAUUUCAGAAGAACUGCUGCCCAGUCAUCACAAAUUACACAAAAAUCUUCUCUCUUCUUCUUCUUCUUUCUGGUUGUUUUUGGGUUAAUCCCCAAUUAUCUGCUAAGGAUGGCAGCAGUUGCUACAGCAAUGGCCAGCCAGAUCAAGACCAGAUUGCCUUCUUCUCUGGCCAAAUCCUUUGUUAAUCCAAAGGGCAUUUCUGGAACCCCAUUCAAAGUUUUUCCUUCAAGAAGAAACCCUUGCCUCGUUGUCAAGGCUGUUCAGACUGAUAAGCCGACUUAUCAAGUGAUCCAACCAUUGAACGGAGACCCAUUCAUCGGAAGCUUAGAAACGCCGAUAACAUCAAGCCCACUCGUCGCUUGGUACCUCUCCAACCUGCCGGCCUACAGAACCGCCGUGAACCCACUUCUGCGGGGAGUCGAAGUAGGCCUGGCCCACGGGUUCCUGCUGGUCGGCCCAUUCGUGAAGACCGGCCCACUGAGGAACACAGAGAUCGCCGGAGCUGCAGGGUCUUUGGCAGCCGGAGGCCUGGUCGUCAUCCUCAGCAUCUGCUUGACAAUGUACGGAAUGGCGUCGUUCAAGGAGGGAGAGCCACCGCUGGCGCCGUCGUUGACGUUGACUGGCAGGCAGAAGCAGCCUGAUCAGCUGCAGACGGCGGACGGAUGGGCCAAGUUCUCCGGCGGGUUUUUCUUCGGCGGAAUUUCCGGCGUGAUCUGGGCUUACUUCUUGCUCUACGUCCUCGACCUCCCAUACUAUGUUAAGUAGAUUGGUUUUGAUUAUGUGUAUUGGUCUGUUUCUGGAUGUAAGAUAUGAAACCAGAGAUUGUUUUGUAUGGAUAUAUAUGUAUUGCAAUGGAGGAUGGACUGAACUAAAAUCUACACUUCCUAAGUGAAUGGUUUGAUGCUCUUUUUUUAAAGUAAAAUCGCUGCAAUGCAAUACCAUUAAUCUAAACAGGCGUU